UGGGCAGUCCUGCACUUUCACUUGACUUUGAAAUUACAAACUAGGACGGUGACUAUUCAUCAAUCGCGGUUGAGGUGUGGACACUGGACUGGAUACCCACAUAUAUCACUUUUACUACUUACAUUACAUAUACAACUUUUUCUCGGUCCGUCCCAUAAUGUCACUCACGCUCGCACGCUCCUAAUUUACGAAACUAGUCCCAUAUUUUUCUUUGUUUUGUUCUUUUUGGGGAAAAAAAACACAACACAACACACAGGCCGACGUUGUUCCAAGAAUCAUGACUCAAGACCCUAAACAAGCUCCUCCUCCUCCUCUUCCUCCUGUUACGCCGUCUCAGCCAACUACUGCCGCCCCGCCUCAGCAGGAUUCGACUCAGGCCGACCCAACUCUUCCUCCGCCGCCACCAACUCCUCCACCACCACCAUUCGAUCCAAGUCGAAUGAUUGGCAUAAUUAAAAGGAAGGCCUUGAUAAAAGAGUUAGCUGCGCUAUACCAUGCUGAGUGUCUCACUUAUUGUCAAGAGCUUUUGGAACUUCAAAAAAAAUGGGAUGAGCCAUUUAUUGACUUGAAGGCUCCAGACAUUUCAAGGAAAGAGACAAUGAGGCCACCCAAACGUCUAAAAAAGGCCCGCUAGGCAUUGAUAUAACGUAAGGUUUGGCAUCGUGAUCUUGCUUAUGCAUUACAAAUUCUUGUUGGUGUGUCCAAAUUUUCCUAGAUCGCCUUUGCUAAGCUUAUAUAACGUAGAUUUUACAUAGGUUACAGUUCCUUGUUUUACAGUUUGCUAUGUAAUCAGUCUUUCUUGGGUUUUUUGCAUCUACUAGUGAAGCAAGUUCUAAACCACUUGUUGCUGAACGAAGUGGGCAAGAGAGAGGGGUGGUUCUUUAAGAGAUGUGUAUAUUCAUAUUGGUGAACUGUGUUGUACAUAAUACAUGGAUGCUUUGGUCAAAUAGGGACCGAUUUAAUUUGAUGUUAUGAGAAAAUGUAUUGCCUAUAUUAUCAUUAA